CACUCACUACACUCGAAGGUGCGGUAGUGGUCUUACAUCAAAGCGACGCUUCCUCACAUGCUCUACGCUUAGCGAUCUUCGUCCUGGCCCCCUGAAUCGCCGCGGGUCUGACUCGUUCAAAAGCGAAGUAAGAUGGCCAUUGCUUCUGAACAUCCCGGCCUGGAGGUCACGAUAUGCGUUGAUGGCCAGCCCUUGCCUGAGUACGAGGACGAUGACGAAGAUCCGGCACCGAAAACAACUACAAAGUACAUUGAAGCGCGCUCAGACAGGCACUUCUCGAUAGUGACUAGAUUCAAGCCACCAUUCCCAACUGAGUAUCAUGUCAGGACGUGGCUAUCUAUUGACGGAAUCGGUAUGGACAGAAGGCUCUGGCUGCGAGAGGGCCUCUUCGAGAGACCGUUCGAGAAGGCUGGUAUUCGUAGGCAAGAAGGUGAAGAGUGGGUCAAGCAAAAGUUCUCUUUUGCCAAGCUGAACAUUGUUGAAGAGGCUCGUGAAUCUAUUCCUAAUGUCGCUGCUAUGAAGCAAAGUCUCAGUACUACUGGGUGUAUCACCAUGUCCUUUCAACUCGUCAAGGGCUUCCAAGAAGUGCAAUUGGAAUCUCCAAAGCACUACACGCCCGCCCAUCUUGCGACCCUGAAGGAAAUCCCUGAGAAGGCACUCAAAGGUGACGCCCUAUCGCACCAAAUAGUCUUGUCAAAGUCUCAAAAAUGCCGCCCGGGACGCCCUACAACCAGCUACAGGAAAUACGACUUCGUAGGCAAGGAACCAUUCGCAACCUUCCACUUCAAAUAUCGGUCACUUGCAAGCUUACGGGCACUUCGGCUUGCGCCAUUCAACGAACCCACGCCUGUCCCUCUAGAAAAGAGAUCCGGAGAGGACCUUACCCCUGCCGAGCUGAGAGAGCUGCUACAGCGAGUACGGCGACGAGGAUCCGAGAGCGCCUCCAUCAAGCAAGAGGCUGGGGCUACUAUCAGAGUCAAGCGCGAGAGGACUAUUAAUGACGACGAUGAAGUGACCUAUGUCGAGACGCGACAGCGCAAACGCCCGCACGUGGAACAAGACGUUAUUGUGAUAGACUGAAAGGAAAUAUCGAUUCCGUCUUCACGGCGCUGAGCCCAAGGUGGUGUCGAAAUGUUGAAAGACGGUCUACUUCGAAGUGGGAGCGACCUUCAAACCUUGGGCCAACUCAACUUUUACGCAUGGAAAUAUAGUGACAAAGUAUUGAUGCAUGGCACCGCCUCUAGAGGCGUGUAUGAAGGAUGAGGCUAAUCCGCCAUGGGAGAACACAUCUUUCUACAUAUCUAAGAAUGUUUAGAGAUAGCUACUCGGGAAGCUUAGUAACCGCUAAUGUACUUACAACAUGCUAGCGCCUGUUAGUGAGCUCGUUGCC